UCGAAGCAUUAUCUUCAUAUCUAUAAAUGUAUAAUUAAUGAACUGUAAUAUAUUAUACAUGAAAAAAACAUUUUCUUAAAAUGGUGUAAAAUAAUGUAUCCAGCAAACCAUAAAACUAUUUUUGUUUUGGAUCAUACGCCAUAUUUUGGCAUAUCUACUGAAGCUCCUUUGGAAUUUGAUUUUCUGAAGAGUCGCGGUCAAAACUUGAUCCCCUUGGCACCUGUUUGUAAAUCUUUAUGGACCACAAGUGUAGAAGCGUCAUUGGAAUAUUGCCGCAUAGUAUGGGAUCUUUUUCCAACUGGAAAAUUGAUAAGAUUUGUUGUAACCGACCGUGCAGCAUAUGUAUUAAAUUCAUGGAGUCCAUCACAGCAAAAUUUAAAUCAUAUAAUGAAUGGCACAGCUAUUUUAGGAGUACCACCGAAAACUCCAAAACCUGGAGAAGAUCAUUCAGUUAUACACGGUUUGAGAGUGGCUAUCGAAACACUUAAUGAGUGUUCAGAAAUUCAACAUGAGAAAAGAACAUCGCUAAAUGAAAAUGCUAGUAAACUUGUUAACAGGGGCAGAGUAAUAUGUAUCACAAGUGCACGAGAUAAUAGUAACAUGAAGAACUUGGAAAAUAUAUUUUUGAACGAAUUAGCUCAAGAAAAUAAAACUGCUUUAGCUUCAGAUCAUUUAAUACCUGUAGAUUAUUGUCACUUAGUUAUCUUAAAUAUCUUUCCCAACAAUAUCGAAUCUCAAGUUACUAGUCAAGGACCAAGAGAGGUUUCACCUUUAUUAACCGUAGAAGUACAUUCUAUUAAGGCACCUGCAUUACAUUCAAAAUUAUCUCACUUAAUUUUGUCUCAUUAUGAUUUGGCUAGUACAACAGUAACUGGUAUACCAAUGAAGGAAGAACAGAAUGCUAGUUCUUCUGCGAAUUACGAUGUCGAGAUAUUUCAUUCGUCAGCUGCACACUCUGCAAUUUUAAAAGGAAAUCCACAAGAUUCGGCUUUAAUUAAAACAUUUAGGAGAUUUGAGGAAGGAUCAGAAUAUGAAACUGUGACUCUAAAAUGGUGUACACCCCGCGGAUGUAGUGCAGCUGAAAUGCAAAAUUGCACGGCUAUGCAUAGAAUCACACCCGUAGACGUAAAUAGCAGACCUUCGUCUUGUUUGAUCAAUUUUUUAUUGAAUGGUAGAUCGGUUAUGCUUGAAAUGGCUAGAAAGAGUGGCGGGAAGACUAUUUCUCAUUUACUUGCUGCACAUGGUGGUGAAAUUUUUAUCCAUACAUUAUCUACUGCUAGAAGUGUAUUAGAAGAUCCACCUUCUAUUAGCGAAGGCUGUGGUGGUCGUGUUACUGAUUAUAGAAUAACCGAUUUUGGAAGAUUGAUGCGAAAUAAUGUACUGGUGCCUUUAAAAAGAAGUACAAAUUCUAAUAGCGAAGGUCCAGCAGAAAAAAUGAGAUCCAGAUUAGAGAGGCAUACGAAAUAUUGGCCAAUUACCAUUUCUAGUACACUUAUGUUUAAUUUAAAACAGUUAAUCGACCCAUUACCAGAUCUAAUGGUGAAAGAAGAACUUACUGCAGAAGAAGUUGUGCAAUGUAAACAGGUGAUUUUCAGUUUGUUACAAUUGGAAGCAAAACACGAAACAUUACCAUUGCCAAGUAUAGGAGGCGGUCGUGGCGGAAAAGGUGGUGUACGCAGAGAAGAACAUUACAGAUUGCUAUGGGGAGAGUUAGAAACAUUUCUGAGACACCACGCGAAUAAUUCUGCUGCGCAUUCUGAGGUUCUAACUUGUCUUCUCGAAGUACGAAGUAAAGAUGAUAAAGAUAAAGUGGAAUUGGACCAAGCGUUACGCGAAUUAGACAGCUUUGGAAAAGAAGAUGGAACUGCUCGGGCUAGCGUAAUAAGAGCAACAACUGAUUCACCGAUGUCACCACCACCAAGUACAUCAAUAUCCCUUAGUAAACAACUUCACAAAGGUGGUCACUAUGUUCCUAAAAGUCUAUUAGAUAUUUGGUUGCAACGAAGUGCACCCAAGGAGAGAAAGCCAGACUUUCACGGAAGAGUGAACAGCGACGGCCCUAAAGCGAAACUGUACCCUAACUUAAAAGAGACUGGUCGAGAACCUCGUGAGCCCAUCUUAGAAGGCUAAAUAAUUCGACUGAAAAAAUUACCUAUCAAUAUCGUUCGCGUGUAAACUUAAGUUUUCUAACAACUGCAAUGACUACUAUUCGUUAUCAUUCACUGGUCACGGAUAAUGUGCUGUGACUCCGACCAUCAGGAAAUAACAAUUUCUAUUAACUGUCAUUAUUAGUUGACUGAUUUCACCGUACCCAGAACAUCAAUUUUCCCGUAUCAUCGUUUUCCAGAUUACUACCUUUCCCGUGUGCAGAUUCAUCGCUAAAUAUAAAUACGAAUG